CUACAGAUUCACUACAUGUAAGAAGCUGACUGUUGCACUAACUUUAAUCAGUUCAUUUUUUUCCAGAGACUAGCAAUCAAACAACAGUCUCGCCGGUUCGUCUCGUAUUUUUUUCAUCAUAUUUUGUGUAAAAUAUGCAAAUUUGUAGCCGUAUCAAGUAGAACCAAGAACCAAACCACACUAACUUGGUCAGUUUUGUGAAGUUUUUAAAGGGGGUUAUGCUAGCAUAGCGUCAGCUAACAGCUGCGUUUGAGUGUGCGCACUGCUGCGCAGUUAACGUUAGCUUGUAGCCAACUGUCCUAACAAGGACCAUUCCUCUUUGCGACUGACAGUCCGGUUCGGUCCUGGUGAAAAGGGUUGGCAAGCCGUCUACUAAAUCAAAUGUAGACAGUUGAGUUCCUGAAACCACGCAAAAUGGAACAAGAUAACAACUCGGAGGUGGACUCAGUUGGCCCAACGGAAGAUGACACACAACCAGCAUUUCCUCUUGGACUCUCGGACUCUGAGGCAGUGGAAGUGUUGUGGCAAGUUCGUGCUCAACGUCGCCAGGCAGAGCCUGAUCUACCAGACACAGUUACAUGUCUUACCACACCUGAGGGCAGUAUUGUCUACCUGGUUGGCACGGCUCACUUUAGUGACAGCAGCAAGAAGGAUGUUGCCACUACGAUCCGAGCGGUCCAGCCUGAUGUGGUGGUGGUAGAGCUGUGUCAAUACAGAGUGUCCAUGCUAAAGAUGGAUGAGAAAACGCUGCUAAAGGAGGCUAAAGACAUUAACCUGGAAAAGGUCCAGCAGGCCAUUAAACAGAACGGAGUGAUGUCUGGCCUCAUGCAGAUACUGCUGCUCAAAGUCUCUGCUCACAUUACGGAGCAGCUGGGCAUGGCCCCUGGAGGAGAGUUUAGAGAAGCCUUUAAAGAGGCUGGAAAAGUGCCCUUCUGUAAGUUUCACCUCGGGGAUCGGCCCAUUCCGGUAACAUUUAAACGUGCAAUAGCUGCUCUGAGUCUGUGGCAGAAGGCUCGUCUGGCUUGGGGUCUGUGCUUCCUCUCUGACCCCAUCAGUAAGGAGGAUGUAGAAAAGUGCAAACAGAAGGAUCUUCUAGAGCAGACCAUGUCCGAGAUGAUCGGCGAGUUUCCAGCCCUCCACCGGACUAUUGUUGCAGAGCGAGACAUCUACCUCACACACACACUUAGACACGCUGCACGUUGCGUGGAGGCGCCUCCUAAUGCUGAGAAAGUGCCUGCUGUAGUGGUUGGAGUGGUUGGGAUGGGUCAUGUUCCAGGCAUUGAAAGGAACUGGGACAAAGAACUCAAUAUUCAUGAAAUCAUGAGCGUGGCGCCACCCUCCCGUUUUGGCUGGGUGUUACGCAACGUGUUCAAAGGAGCCAUGUGGGGCCUUCUGGGUUAUGCAUGCUUCCGUGCCAGCAAGGGCAUGGGCAGGGCAUUACUCUCUUUACCCGCAAUUCAAUCAUUGCUUGAAAAUAUACGAACGCCUGCCGUUUGACCAUUAUUUUAAUUGCCAAAGACAUUUCAACAGUGAGAUCAAGACGUCACACUGGACACCAAUUGCCUUAACUACAGGAUGGAGAGGGCAAGAUUGGAGCAGACAUGGUCUCCACCCCAUAUGCGUGGAAGCCUUUGACUAGCUCUCUGUCAGCCCUCUUCCCAUCUGCUCUGUGGACCUAUGGAUGCAGAGUUGUACUGCCAAAGAAAUCAGACCACUUUUUCUUAGUCUUAAAGUAUAAUUCACUAGUACAUUAGCUGAGGCUGCAUUACCUUCCCUCUCAAUAUAUAUAUAUAUAUAUAUAUAUAUAUAUCACUUGACUUGAAUGAAGAUUUCUUGUCCUGUGGUUGCUCUGUUGGUUGACUCCUUGAACAGAUGCAGAUUAGCAGUCCAGUAUUACUUUUCCCUCUCAGUCCACAUCUAAAUAUGAUAUUCUCUGGCCACAACCUGUAGUUUUUUUUUAAAUAAAUGGAAAAACCACCUCUUUUAUUCAAUUGACUUAAAAUGAACCGCAUCCCAGUUAGAACUGGUUUGUAAAAACCUGCACUGUGCUGGAAGUGCCAGAACCAUUUAUGAAGAAUGGUAUAAAUCAAAUUAUGUUUGAAUUACUUGUAAUUGACAUUGCAAAAUUAUUAUCACCAAAGUUUUUUAUGGUUUGCAGAAAACGGCUUUGAAUGAAAUCUUAAUAACCACAAAAAGUGUUUCAGAGCUUGAAGUCACACCCUGUUACUGUCACUCUUUGUAUCUGUGGUGUUUUGUAGUUUCCUGAUAAGCCCAAUAGAACAUUUGCUAAUAUUACCUAUCAAGUGCCUCCUACCACAUGACCUGGAAAGGGCUAAAAGUAGAGACUGGUCAAACUAAUUUGAUCUGUCUCAAUAUGGUCAUAAUAAAUGGGUACUAUUAAAUCUGGUGUCCUCUCUUUCAUACACACAACCUCUAUGUUGUUCAGUUGGUGGAAAAAACAUAUUUGCUAAUAGCAUGUUUUUAAUCUUACAUAACCUGUGAAAUAUGCACAUAUUUAGACAAUUGUUUUUAGGUUGUGUGUUGACGCGUUAUUAUAAAGUGCAUGAUUCACUCAGAACUACAGUACCUGGAACAGUGUCCCAAAAAGUUAAAGCUCAUUGCUUAAAGUUUUGUAAUGCUUAAUAAUAUUUAAGUCAUCCAUUAAAGAACUUUAUAAUUGAACAAGAAUCCUUCUCAAACCAUUAGGUAAUCACAAAUAAGAUUCAAGAUGACUUGAAACUUUGCAGCUUUGCGAAUAGAGAACCGUUUAUUUAGCUAGCCAGCCAUCACUAGCAAGGUCCGUAUGGGCACAAUUCAGGAAUUGUGUUUUAUAUAUAGUAGAUGGGUGGAAAAUGGGGUGUAUUUCUGCUGUUUUUGUGUUUAAAGCCGUUAUGUUUGAAAUGUUGGCGUUUCUUGGGGCAGUGUGAAUUGUAUACUGUGGGUUGAAAUGCCUUUGUGUGUCCUUUUAAAUGUGUGGCUCUGAGCCAUAGAGAAUAUCCGAUCCGAGUAAUACUUUGCAUGUUUCAAAUUUGUUUGUGCUAGCAUAAGGAACAAACAUUUCAUAUGCAGAUUACUUAGAAUAUGGUAUAGAGAAUACAAACGUAUUUAAAGGUAUUCAGCAGCUUCAUGGAUGUACUGCUGUUUUCAGUACUACUUUAAAUGUACUACAUUUAAUUGUAGAGCAGUAAAGACUAAAAGAUGGUUAAAAUAUGAAGGUUGAUUUUUUUUUAAUGUAAUUGACCCCAUGCUCUAGUUCCAAGGUUUGUCACAAAUGAUACUGUCUUCCUGUAAACUAAAACGCUGCAAUGUGUCUUAAACUUACUGUCUUCCUGUAAGUAGGCUACUGCUGUUUUCAAUCAAACAGAUCCAAUGCAGUUGUGGAGUGAAAAAGGCAAUGUUACAAAAGGCAUAGGCUAAUCACAUUUCCUUAAAUUUUCCUUUUACGUUUUCCUUUUUACCCCUAAUCACUUUUAACAUUGUGUACUAUAUAUUCUUUACAAACACUUGUUUUUCCUCUGUCGAUAAGCCAAACAGCUCAUGUUUAAAUUCAUCUGAAUAAUAUACUGGAACUUUCAUCUCAUCAAAUUUGAAAUAAAAUGUA